AUGGAUGCAGGUUUUAUAAUUGUUUUAGUGUUGAUUCUGGCAGUUGGAAAUGAUACUGUUUGUGAAGGAGCUGGUAGUGGUGGACAUCCAGCAUUCUUUGUGUUUGGAGACUCGUUGGUCGACAUUGGAAACAACAACUACUUGGCCACCAGCGCAAGGGCGGAUUCACCUCCUUACGGCAUUGAUUACCCCACCCACCGCCCCACCGGCCGUUUUUCUAAUGGCCUUAACAUUCCUGACUUAAUCAGUGAAGAGAUGGGUUGGGAGCCUAACAUGCCAUACUUGAGUCCAGAUCUCACUGGGCAGAAAUUACUUACUGGUUCCAAUUUUGCAUCUGCUGGGGUCGGCAUACUUAAUGACACUGGAAUCCAGUUUGUAAAUAUCAUUCGAAUUCCCCAACAACUAGACUAUUUCCAGCAGUACCAGGAAAGAGUGAAGGCACUUAUAGGAGAAGCGGCGAUGAAGAAACUCAUAAAGGAAGCACUGGUUUUGGUUACAUUGGGUGGCAAUGAUUUUGUCAAUAACUAUUACUUGCUACCUUCUACUGCUAGGUCUCUCCAAUUUAGCCUCAAAGCUUAUAUCCCCUUUCUCAUUUCUGAGUACCAAAAAAUUUUGAAGAGACUAUACGAACUUGGAGUUGGUAAGGUUCUUGUGACAGGAACAGGACCUUUAGGAUGUGUGCCUGCAGAAUUGGCCACAAGGAGCAGAGCUGGUGAAUGUGCAGCUGAUUUGCAACUUGCUUCUUCUCUCUUCAAUCCUCAACUGGUUCAAAUGCUUGAUGCUCUCAACAAAGACUUAUCCACUAAAGCCUUCAUUGGAGCUAACACUAACAUAAUGCACUUAGAAUUCAUUACCAAUCCUAAAGCGUAUGGAUUUACAACAUCAAAGAUGGCUUGUUGUGGACAAGGACCAUACAAUGGAAUGGGGCUUUGCACGCCACUAUCAAGUUUGUGCCCAAACAGAGAUGAGUAUGUGUUUUGGGAUGCAUUUCAUCCAUCAGAAAAGGCCAACAGACUCAUUGUGAAACAAAUCUUGAAGGGCUCAAUCACUUACAUGCACCCCAUGAAUCUUAGCUCUCUGAUGUCUUUGGAUUCAAAGCCCAUCACCUAA